GAGACGAAGAAGAAGCGAGGGGGCGGUCGUACAUAGUCGUUAGUCUCGUUACACAUCAGUUAGCUCACUCGUGCAGAGAAGUGUAGCCUUCUCUUUUCAUUUUCUUUUCUCGUCCUUGUCGUCCUUUCUCCAGUCACCGUCCCCUAAUUUACCAGAAUGGACAAGUUAGAAGAGAUACCAAUGGGUCAGCAGACGUUUCUUUACGGUUGUGUGCUUGAAUCCGGAAAGGAAGUGAAAUUCAAUCCUGAAGACGAUGAGUUUGAGCAUCAGCUGGAUCUACGAAUGGCGUGUGCUGACCCGGCCACAAAAGAUGAGCUUCACAUGGUAGAGGUGGAAGGACAAGACCAUGAGGGAGAGAAAGUGACAGCGGUGCUCGCUUCUCUGAAGCCGUCCACCCUUCCAAGUGUGUCUCUCGGAGGGUUUACCAUCACACCCCCUGUAGUUUUCCGUCUGAAAACUGGUUCUGGUCCAAUCUAUAUCUGUGGUAAUCACCUCGUCAUGUUGGAAUCUAAUCACUCGUUGGAUGACGAUGAUGAUGACGCCGAUGAUGAAGAGGAAGAGCUUGAAGAGCUCGAUGUCAAACUGUCAAAGAAAAGACCCGCCAACUCUCCUGCUGCCAAGUCUCAGAAAAAAAUGAAGAUGGAAGUUGAAGGCAUAGAAGAGGAUGAUGAGGAUGAUGAGGAUGAUGACGAGGAGGGUGAUGAUGAUGACGACGACGAUGAUGAUGACGACGACGAAGAAGAAACCCCUGUUAAGGCCAAACCGAAACCAAAGUCUGCUCAGAAUGGCAAAAGCUCAAACGCGAACACUUUGGCCACCAAGAAGUUGAAGACACCCAAACAGAAAGCAGAAAAAUCAUCUAAAAAACAAACUGCGCCGAAGGAAGCUUUAACGCUUCCUGAGAUCCAAACCAAGAUGGCGGAGGCAAUGAAGAAGGGAAUAACACUGCCAAAAGCCCAGCAGAAAUUUGAGAAUUAUGUGAAGAAUUCAUAUAGAGUCUCUGAUGCUAAGGUUGUUGCUGAGCUCUGGAAGUGGAGACAAACUGUUGGGGACCCAAAAUAAAUGUAUUUUUUUGUUAGUUUUUUUGUUUUGUUUUGUUUUAAUUUCAAACCUUUCCUUCCUUCACACUCAAUACCAUGAUGACCAUUAAGUUGAUCCAACUAAUUACUGAUUCACAAUAUACUGGAAUUAUUGAAUACCUCCUUAAGGACUGGUUUACACAUUUGCAUAUUUGUAAAUACAAUAACCCACGGAUUGUUACCGGAAGCUUGGCUUACAGUGAGGUUGACCUCCUGAAAAACAAACGGUGUAAUGUAACGAAUGGAUAAGUGAAAGUGUACCUUGCUCAGAGAAAUGUUGUGGCUGUUCUGAGCGUAAAAGCUCAUGUGAGAUUGAGUCAGAUUUUUGGAAUGUUAUAGCAUCAUUUCAGUUCUUUGUUUUUCUACCUGAUUCUUAAAUGCCAAGGUUUUUCAAGUCACCUCUAAAUGCACCGAUAAUAUGUUGCAGUUGACAGUUUUUCCCACCAUUAUAUUCCAGAAAGUAUGACAGCUGAAUAAGAUUAAGUGAAUAUUAUGUCCUCAAUAAAGAUGUUGGGCUAA